ACUAAGGGUUAGACUCGCUGAACCGCUUGAGCCUCUUUCAUCCGAAAGAAAUUUCCCGUUGACUUCACACAGUAGAAAGCUUGGAGAUCACUGGAAAAGAUUUAGACGCACUGGUGGGAGCCCAAAAUUUAACGAUGGAUGUCUCUAGCUGCUCUUCAAAGAUCUACGAUGUCUUCUUGAGCUUCAGAGGGCCUGAUGUUCGUAAAAGCUUUGCCGACUGCCUCUACCACGGCCUCGAGGAUGCUGGGAUCUUGGUCUUCAGAGAUGACGAGGAGCUUCCUGUGGGAGAACCCAUCCAUCUCAAGCUUGUGCAAGCCAUCCAGCAAUCGAGAAUAUCCAUGCCUAUCUUUUCCAGUGACUACGCGUCCAGCAAGAGUUGCCUCAUGGAGGUGCAGCAAAUGCUGGAGUGCCAAGUGAUGGGCGAUCACUUAAUCCUGCCCAUUUUCUUCGACAUCGGGCCCUCCGUCGUGAAGGACCAAAUCGGUACUUUCAGAAACUCAUUCAUAAAGCACGAGAGGAAUGGAGUGGACCCUGAGACGAUCAACAUGUGGAAGGACGCUCUUGAAAAGAUUGGACACCUUAAGGGUUGGGAUUUGCAAAACUUCGAGAAUGGGUAUCAUAGCAUAGCUAUACAGCGUAUAAUUUCAGAAGCUCGUCGGAUAUUGAAGAAGGCUGAACUGAGAUUGCCAGAGAAUCUAGUUGGGCUUGACCAUCACGUAGAAGAGGUAAUGAGAAGACUUGAUGUUGCUUCUAAUGAUGUACGAAUCAUUGUCAUUCAUGGGAUUGGAGGGGUUGGCAAGACAACGCUUGCAAAGGCUGUUUACAACGAACUGUGCCAUCAGUUCGACGCUUGCAGUCACGUCGACGACAUUCGGGAAGCAUCGAAAGAAAUAAGUGGACUUCGGCGAUUGCAAAAGCAAUUAGUUUCCAAGCUCCUAAAUAAGAAAUUACCCAAGUUCGAUUCUCUGGAUGACGGCGUUCAUUUCAUGAGACUUAAGUUUUCCAGUAAAAAGGUUCUCAUUCUCCUUGAUGAUUUGGACGACCGCAAACAACUAGAAUCUCUGGGGAAGCCGAAUCUGUAUGGUCCAGGAAGCAGGAUAAUUGUGACAACAAGGAAAGGCGACAUUCUUAAAGCUGUCGAGAAUUAUGAAGUUGAAUGCAUGAAUGGUGGUCAAGCUCUUCAACUUUUCUGCAAGCAUGCAUUUCAUAUGGAAACCCCUCAAGUGGGCUAUUACAAUCUCUCCUGCGAAAUCGUUUCAGCUGUUAAAGCGCUUCCUUUAGCUCUUGAGGUUAUAGGAUGUCGUUUAUUUACUAAAGCAAUGGAUAUUUGGGAAGGCACACUUGAGAAAUUGAAACUAAUACCUGAUGCAGAAGUCAAGGAGAAGUUGAUGAUAAGCUAUGAAUCCCUAGAUGAGAGCGAAAGGGAGGUAUUCCUUGACAUAGCUUGUUUUUUCAUUGGAAAGGAUCAGAGAAUCGCACGCUAUAUGUGGGACAAACAUAAAUCUAUUGCAAUUGAGACGCUGAUUUCCAGAUCUUUGGCGAAAAUUGGAGACAAUGGUGUGCUCUGGAUGCAUGAUUUGCUAAGAGAUCUUGGCCGUGAAAUUGUUCGAAAUGAGAGUCCUGAUGAACCCGGAAAACGCAGUAGGCUAUGGAAUCAUGAAGACGCUAUCUCCACGCUGCAAAAUAGAGAGGGAACUCGAAAUGUCAUUGGACUUGGUCUGGCAUUUAAUGAUGAAUCCAAGAGUUUGAGUCCAGGAGACUUUAAUCCUCUAUCAAACUUAAGGUUUCUCAAAUUGGACCAAGCAAAUAUUCAAGGGGAUUUCCGGAACUGUCUCCCAACUUUAAGGUGGCUUGAUUGGGCAGGUUGCUCUAAAAUGGCUGAUCUUCUUAACUUGCAUCUUGAUGAUGUGGUCAUCCUAGAUCUGUCGUACAGUCAAAUUACUAGAGACACAUACAGUUGGACCGAAAUCAUGAAGUCAACUAGGAAACUGAAAGUUUUAGACCUCAAAGCCUGUGUGAAUCUUUCCGGAUGUCUUCAAUUCCCCGCUCCAAUGACCUUAAAAGUAUUGAGUCUUGAAGAUUGUCUCCGGUUGAGGCAAAUUGAUCCAUCCAUCCGCUAUCUCAAGGAAUUAGAGUCCUUAAAUUUGAAGAUGUGCUGUGAAGUUGCCAAUUUGCCAAGUGAAUUGAGUUUCAUGACAUGCUUAAAGGAGCUUCUAAUUGAUGGAACUUCUGUAAGUAAACUACAUUUCUCAAAGGGGUCGAUGAAGCAACUUGAAACUCUCAGCGCUCGUGGCUGUAAACGACUGGGUGAGAUAACCGAUUCGAUCGGUGGUCUUAAAUCUCUUUUGCAUCUUGCUCUGGAUGAUGCGAUUAUUGAGAAACUGCCGAGAUCAAUUGGUGAACUAGCAAAACUUGAAUCUCUUUCUCUGCGGAACUGUCAAAAUCUUCUAGAGCUUCCUGACUCUGUUGGUGGUCUGGAAUCGCUAUCUGAUAUAGACCUGACGAACACGAGGAUUGACGAAUUACCUCUUUCCUUCAAGGAUUUGGCAAAGUUGAAAGCGUUGAAGAUGGAAGGCUGUUUCCUGCGGGAAUUUCCUGAUGCCAUAGCCGACUUGCCAAACCUCAAAGAGGUAAAUUUCUUGUUCUGUCGAAGUUUGACUGGGGAAAUUUCUAAUGGCAUCGCCACAACUUUGAGAAUCCUGAGACUUUCCCACACGAAAAUUUGCGGUCUUCCAGCAACAGUUCGUGGACGACUUGCUAAUCUCCAGAUCCUAGACUUACGCGAAUGCAAGAAGCUUCAGGCGCUACCGGAUCUGCCUUCAAGUUUAGUUGCUCUGUAUGCAGGAUCUAAUGAACUGAAAGUGGUUCCAAAUCUCUCGGACUUGGUGAAUUUGAAGGAGCUGCACUUGCGUCUUGAUGCCACCGGUUACAGCUCUAGGCUUCCUCAGGACUUUGAAUGGGUUUCGAGAAUGCCAAAAUUGGAGGCAUUGGAGCUGUCCUUUCCUAACCACUUUGAGCUGCGGCUACCUGAAAAUUUUGCAGGUCUUUCUCAGCUUAGGAAGCUUACUCUUAUAUAUGUAGACUUGCAGCACCUUCCACAACUUCCUUCGAGGUUGUCAAGAUUGUCCCUGCAAAAUUGUAGGUCGUUGAGUAGUUCACCAGAUCUAUCUAACAUGCAUGGUCUGCUAGAGUUAGAACUUGAACAUUGUGAGGUGGGGGAGAUUCGUGGCCUCCAUCAUUUGGAAGCAUUGCAAGUCUUGAGAGUAUCCUAUUGCACCGUGCAGACACUUGAGGCGCUUGAAGAGUUGCGACAUCUGAGGGACUUGACUAUAUUUCACUGCAGUUCUCUGGCAAAAUUACCGGAUUUGUCCCACUUCGAGAUGCUGCAGGAGAAGGAUAUCGAGUAUUGGAAUUGGUAGCAUAAGCGGAAGCGCUAUGACGUUUUCUUUUCUUCAUGUAACUUCUGACAUUUCUGUAUGGAUCUCCCAGCUAUGAUUGGUGUGUUAGACUA